AUGGCAAUGCAGAGCGGUGAUGGGGUGCUGGAGUGUGGAGCAGUGAUGGAAGUAGGGUGUGAUGACACUGUGUGCAAUUCUUUCAUUGGUGUUGAUACUUUCCUUGAGUUCAGUGGGAAUUCAGUCUGGCAGGUUCAGCAACAUCCGGGUCCAUAUUCUAUCAGACCCUAUCCAGGAUACCAUGUCACACUUGGCCGCUCUGUCUCUAAAGGUUCUUCUUGGCUGUCACCUGAGAGCUUUCUUGUGUUUGAUGAUAUUGAUCAUUUUGAAGGGGCCCAGGAGACUAGUGGAGACCAACACCUCAGGAAGGUUUUGCAUAUUUCAGAAGGGCUGGUGGCUCUGGUUUUGAAAUGUACAGCUGAGUGCUCCCCCACAGAAGGAGUGGCUGUGGAGAGUAAGGACUCUGGGUACACACCCCCAGCGUUCCCUGAGUUCUCAUCUGUGUGGGCAGAGAGAAGGGCUCCAGGGCCAGCUCUAACACUCCCUUUGGAUGCUUUCAUACUGCUGUUCCCCCCGUGGAUGCCCCAUGCUUCAGGGCUGCACUUAACCCCCAGUCAGGUGUCUUCCUGCAGAAGUGAGGCUGGUAUUCCUAAGCAGACAAAAAGAGCAACUGACUUAGCAGGAAAUGGAGGCUUCAGCAAGUGUGAUGCCACACUCAGCAAAAGCAUGAGGUGUCAGCCACUCAAGCCUUGGCACAUGUGUGGCUCUGCACUGGAACCUUCUGUGGCGUAUGAGCUGUCUCCAAAAGGCAGCAGAAUCUGCUCUGGGAGAUGCAAGACUGAAGAGGGGGUGCUGGAAGGCUUUGACUGUGAUCUGUUUAAAGAACCCAUGAAGAAAAGACGCAGGUCACAUCGAGACCAGCAGUUCCAAGCGUUUCCCUCUGCGGAGCAAAGUGCUCUUAAGGAAUAUGAAAAAUUGGAGUCUCGGACCAGGAGGAUUUUGAGCAACACUUAUCAGAAAAUGAUUCAGUCUGUCUUCCUGGAGGACAGCAUUCCCAGUGGGUUCAAGUAUCUCAUAAACCGGCUUCUUGCCUUGAUUGAAAAACCACCGCUGGAGCCGAUCUACGUAGGGUUCCUGGGAAGCACUGGAGCCGGCAAGAGCUCUCUGAUCAAUGCCCUCAUCCAGCAAGCCAUGUUUCUACCAGUGUCUGGAGAAAGCAUUUGCACGUCAUGCAUUGUCCAAGUGAGCUCUGGCUGCUGUGAACAGUAUGAGGCCAAAAUCCACCUUCUGUCUGAUCAGGAGUGGAAGGCAGAACUGAAGGACUUGACUACACUUCUGCACAGGGCAGAGGGGCCCAGGGAAGAAGAUGCGGAUAUGUGGGCCAGGGACUACGCAGCAGAAGAAGCGGCCCAGAAGCUGCAGAUGCUGUAUGGCCGUGGGGCAGAGUGGAGGCCCUCUGAGGAUUUGCUGAGGACGAAGCCCAGAGCGAGGAUUCCCACCUCCAGAACCAUCAGUCUUAAGGCAGAAGAGGCAGGAGAGCUAUCUGUCAAGCUGGACCCUUACAUCCGGACUCAGAGGAGCGACUGGGAUGGAGGAUCAGUUGAAACACAAAUCUGGCCCUUGAUCAAAUACGUGGAAGUGAUUCUUCCCAAAUCUGCCCUGAUUCCGGAAGGGGUUGUCCUGGUGGACAUUCCAGGCACAGGCGACUUCAACAGCAAGAGGGAUGAGAUGUGGAAAAAGACCGUUGAUAAGUGUUCUGUGAUCUGGGUGAUCAGCGACGUAGAGCGAGUUUCCGGAGGAAAAGCCCACGAGGACCUUUUGAAUGAGAGCAUCAAAGCCUGCCAGCGUGGCUUCUGCAGGGACAUCGCCCUGGUGGUCACCAAGACCGACAAACUCCACUUGCGGGAAUAUCUCAGGGAAAGAAAGAUGGGAAGUCAAGCUAUUCAGAGUCAGAGAGAGGCUGUUUUGCAAAGAAAUGAAAUAAUCAAACUACAAAGGACUAGAAUUCUGAAGGAGAAAUUGAAGAGAAAACUGCCAGCUGACUCCAAGGUUCUGGAAGCCUCGGAUCUGGUGUACACAGUCAGCGCUCACGAGUACUGGCAGCAGGCCUUCCUUACUGAGGAUGAAAGUGAAGUUCCCAAGUUAAGAGAAUAUAUCAGAAAAAGGGUCUUGGACAAGAAGAGGAGGCUGGUAACCAAGUAUGUCACUGAAGCCUUUGGUCUGUUGCUCCUCACUGACACUUUCAACCCAGAGGAAAGCCUGCUGACUGAACACUGGAACGUGGGUGGCCUGCGGCGAUUUGUGGAGGAGAAGACAGAGCUGCUGGAGAAGGGGAUUGAGCAGUGCUUUGCCUGCAUGGAGCAGCCCCUGCAGGCAGGCGUCCAGGUGGCCAGGGCUUCCUACCGUCGUAUCCUCGGGACAUGCCUGGUGAGAAGCAGAGGAAACCAAGGUUUUCACCAGACCCUGAAAGCUGUUUGCCUCAAAAAUGGCGUCUACGCCUCCAGGACUCUGGCCAGAAUCGACCUCAACGAAGCCCUCUCUCAGCCUAUCUAUGACCAGAUCGACCCUGUGUUUGGAGGCAUUUUUAGGGAUGGGAAGCCGAGUGGCUCUGCUCUGAUGGUGCACAUAGAUGCUUUCAAGCGUUCCCUAGAAGAGAGGAUGGCAGAAACCGGGAUAAGAAAUGGCUGGAAAUGCAAUGGCUACAAGAGAGGCCUCCUAAUCCAGGAAAUAAGUGCCAUCCUGGGAGGCCUGGAGGGCCACAUCCUCCGGAGGAAGAGGAAGAUCUACGAGUCUGUCACCAGCUCCAUUCAAAACGACCUGAAGCCCUGCUAUGAAGAGGCAGCUCAGAUCGCUGGCAGGAGAGCCUGUGAGAGAAUGAAGGGUGCCAUCCGAAGAGGGGUGGAGCGGCAGGUAGCGGAGGGCAUGUUUGAGAGGGCUCAAGAGAGGAUGUGGCACCAGUUUCAACAACUGAAGCAUGGAAUCAUUGAGAGGGUCAAGGGAAGCAUCACUACCAUGCUGACCCUUGCUGCCCCCCAGGGAGAUGGUCUCUACAAGGAGCUUGUGGACGUCAGGAGUGAGCAGAAGGAGAUGGAGAAGCUCCACAGAAGCCUGAGGGAGGUUGCCGAGAACGCGCAGCUACGGAGGGGCAUGCAAGAUUUCCUCCUGCGAAUGUCCCCCAGCAAAGCAGGCCCCCGUGGGACAACACUUUAG